GACUUCAAGAUGUUGGAAGAACUUGAUAGAAGAUGUUGGCAUAAAUAUCCAUCUCGAAGACCUAACGUUGAUCAACUUCUUAGAGAAAUCAAAAAAAUGCGAUGUUUAGGCCCAAAACGGAUAGAAGAGGAUAUUGAUGAAAAUGAAAAGAGAUCGAAGUCAAGAGAUCCAUUCAGGAGCGGUUAA